AACCUAAGGACAUGUCCAUUCACAGUGAUGUUAGUUUUCUGUUGUGGGAAAGUGUGGUUCUGGCUGAACAUCAUACAGAAUAAGAUUAUCAUUUAUUUCUGUACAGAAACAAAAAAAGAACUGGUUCUAGAAAGCAAUCCAAAGUGGGAGGCGCUGACUGAAGUCCUGAAAGAAAUCGAAGCAGAAAAUAAGGAGAGCGAAGCCCUUGGUGGCCCAGGCCAGGUGUUGAUCUGUGCGAGCGAUGACCGCACGUGUUGCCAGCUGAGGGACUACCUGACUGCCGGAGCAGAAGCCUUCCUGCUGCGGCUCUACAGGAAAACCUAUGAGAAAGAUGGCAAAGCUGAAGAAGUGUGGGUAAAUUAUAGAAAGGGGGACGGCCCAAAGAGAACUACAAAACCUGACAAAAAAACAAAAGACGCCCAAAACAAAGAGCGUGUUUCCACCAAAAGGGGGGCUCUCAAAAGGAAGAAGCGAGAGCUGACUCUGACGCAAGUGUUGGGGACUGCCGAGGAGCCGCCAGAAGAAGGCGCCGUGGAGGAAGACCUGCGCAGACAGACCGGCAGUAGCCCAGAAGGCUGUGGGGGAGAGAUUAAGCAUGAAUCAUUUGAUUUAAAUGUGUCAUCCGAUGCAGCCUAUGGCAUCCUGAAAGAGCCUCUGACGAUCAUCCAUCCGCUUCUGGGGUGCAGCGACCCCUAUACCCUGACGCGGGUACUGCACGAGGUGGAGCCCAGAUACGUGGUUCUGUACGAUGCAGAGCUCACCUUUGUUCGGCAGCUGGAGAUCUACAGGGCCAGCAGGCCUGGGAAACCUCUGAGGGUUUACUUUCUUAUAUAUGGAGGCUCCACGGAAGAGCAGCGCUACCUGACUGCUCUGCGGAAAGAAAAGGAAGCUUUUGAAAAGCUCAUAAGGGAAAAAGCUAGCAUGGUUGUCCCCGAAGAACGGGAAGGCAGAGAUGAAACCAACCUGGACCUAGCAAGAGGCACAGCAGCCACAGAUGCUCCCACUGACACUCGGAAAGCCGGUGGCCAGGAGCGGAAUGGCUCACAGCCCAGCAUCGUGGUGGACAUGCGUGAGUUUCGGAGCGAGCUCCCAUCCCUGAUCCAUCGGCGGGGCAUUGACAUAGAGCCAGUGACUCUGGAGGUGGGUGAUUACAUCCUGACACCCGAGCUGUGUGUGGAGCGCAAGAGCGUAAGUGACCUUAUUGGCUCUCUGCACAGUGGCCGACUGUACAGCCAGUGCUUAGCCAUGUCCCGCUACUACCGGAGGCCUGUGCUGCUCAUUGAGUUUGACCCGAGCAAGCCCUUCUCCUUGGCACCACGAGGUGCCUUCUUCCAAGAGAUGAGCAGCAAUGACGUGAGCUCCAAGCUCACACUCCUCACCUUGCACUUCCCACGCCUGCGGCUGCUCUGGUGCCCCUCCCCCCAUGCCACAGCCGAGCUGUUUGAGGAGCUGAAGCAGAAUAAGCCACAGCCUGAUGCAGCCACAGCCAUGGCCAUCACCGCGGACUCAGAAACACUGCCUGAGUCAGACAGGUAUAACCCCGGCCCCCAAGACUUUGUGCUAAAGAUGCCUGGGGUCAACGCCAAGAACUGUCGCUCCCUGAUGAAUCAAGUGAAGAACAUCGCAGAGCUGGCCACCCUGUCCCUGGAGCAGCUCACGAGCAUCCUGGGGCACUCGGGAAAUGCCAAGCAGCUGCACGACUUCCUGCACACUGCCUAUGCAGACUUGGUGUCCAAAGGCAGAGUGAGAAAGUAACUGCUCUCAUGUGGCUAUUUAUUGAUCAUUUGCAUAGCAAUUUGUUCUUUCCCAGGGAAAUUAGGGACUGGCAUUCUGUCCCCCAAGGCAUUUGUCCAGAAGCCAGGAUUUCCCCCUGGCUCUGUGCUGAUGUGUGGGCUUGCCUCUCCUUGAUGGCUCUUGCCCCUCUCUGCUCUGUCUAUGACAGGUCUGCAGUGAUCCAUUUUCGAUAAAGUGUGGUGACACCAUGCCUCUUGAAGCAGACACAGCCCAUAUUUGCUUUUCAGGCUGGUAAAAAGCACUCCAUCAUGGUCCUAACACUGGCUCCACAGGGCUUGGUAGGCCUGCGUCGGGGCUGCUGUUCCUAACAUGCUUCUUCACCUCACACUCAUAGAAACAAACUAGCCCUCUUGUCACCAGGUGUAUGUAGCAUGUACUAUGACUUGAUUGUUUAAGCCAGUGUUUUUAACAGAAUUAAUUGCUUAUGGACAUGAUUUGAUGAGGUAAUAAAGGGCUCCUCAGAA